AUGGGUGCUCUAAGUGCUCUUGUUGUUUAUGGCACAAAAACAUGGACGUCCACACGUUGGCCUCUGAAACCCUGUGAUGGUAUUGAAGCUGGUCAAUUUUCAGAAGAUUAUUUUACACACUACGCACAAGGCUUCACACGUGGACACACCAAGCAUAUAUUAACAAGAGCCUCUCUAACUGAUGAUGCAAAUUUGCUACACACUAGUAAAAAUCCUUGGAAAGCUUCACAUCAAGAUCUUGAAAAGAAAAAAAGUUUAGAGGCUGCUGUGCUAUUUAUAAUGAACCGAUUGACCCCAAGCAACUUUAAAAAACUGGCUGAAGAAAUGAAAUCUUUGGACAUUCAGACAUUUGAAGAUUUGAAGCUAGUGGUGGAUGUUAUCUUUGACAAGGUGACUAUCGAAACAAAAUUUGUGCAGGCAUAUGCUUCUCUCUGUCAGUUCAUGCUUGGGUUUCAGGUUGUGCCACCCCCAAACAUGGCACAAAACAGGGCAACAUUCAGGGCUAUACUGGUCACAAAGUGCCAACAGGAGUUUGAGGCAGAUAAAAACUACAUUUUUGAAGAUCCAGAGAAAAUAAAAAACAGAAUAAUGGAAGAAAUGCUAGAUGAUACACCUGCAAGAGCAGAGAAAAUUGAAACAACUUUAUACCAAAUGAAACUUAGGCGAUUAAAAUAUUUUGGUAACAUUGGUUUUAUUGGUGAGCUGUUCAAGCUAGGGAUUCUACCAGAGGUCAUCAUUCACUCCUGCAUCUCACGUCUGCUGUCAUCAAGGGAUAGCGAGUCCAUGUUCUCUCUGUGCAAGCUUAUCUCUACUGUAGGGAAACACAUUGACAAGCCAAAAGUUAAGGCUCAUAUAGACAAAUAUUUUACCACAAUAAAGCAAAUUGCAGAGGAAAGCACAUCCAGGCUCAAGUUUGCUUUGAAAGAUUUAAUUGAUCUUAGAAAGAACAAAUGGAAACCAAGAGCAGAGCAGGCAGGUCCUAAAACCCUAGCAGAGCUACAUAAAGAAUUUAAAGAAGAGCAGGCUAAUAAAGAGGUUCUUCAGUCAGUCCCCCUCAAUCAACAAAGUGAUAAAAGGUUUUUCACACCCUCCAGAGCUCAGGCAUCUACUCCUAGCAAACCAUCAGAAAGAUCUAGAGAAAUUAGAAACCCUGUUCAUACUUCAAAUGAAGGAUGUUCAAAUAAGAAUAAAAAACAGGGCAAUGCUUCUCCAAUGUUGGAAGAUAAAGAAAACUGCCAAACUUGGUCACAAGUGAAAUCUAAAGGAAAGAAAAAACAAACUAGACAGUGCAGUGGUAGUGUACAGACUCAGGACAACACUGGCAAAAAGAAGGUCACUAAAGAGCAGAAGAAACAAACAGGAUUUUUAUCUAAUGCAUUUUACUUGGAAAGUGAAUCGGAAGAUGAAAAGAAGAUGGAUGAACCAGAAACUGAAAAAAUUGACCUGACCAGGUUCAAAAUUUCUAAGGCGAGGGAUCAAAACAUUCGGCUGGCCCCAGGAGGUUUCAAUUUCAGACUACCAAAUCUUCAGGCUACAGAUGAGAAACCACAAGAAAAACAAACAGCUUCAAACAGAUAUGAUUUGCUUGAUGACAUUGAUGAUGAUAGUGUAGUGGAAACAAAAUUUUCCAAAGAUGUGAAGACAGAUUCUGACGACAAAUGUUCCAGUGUUGGCACAGCUAAAGAACAACCCCAGCCAUCAUCAUCAGCAAAAAUAACACCUUCAUUAACGGAAGAACAAGCAGAGUUGCGGGCUAGGAAUAUCAUUGAUGAGUUUUUAAACUGCAGGGAUCACAUUGAGGCUCAACAGUGCAUCAGGGAGCUCCUGUGUCAGACAAAUGGUAAACGUGUAGUCACUACAAUCUUAAACCAUGUCAUGGAGAAAUCUAAUGAUGCAAGACUACAGACUGGACAACUUUUCCUUCAGAUAAUGGAAAUUAAAAUUAUCUCCCUGGAUGAAUUCACUCAAGGUUUCUCAGAGAUACUAAGCUUUGCUGCAGACAUAGUGAUAGACAUUCCGAUGCUGUGGAGGUACCUAGCCCAGAUUGUCUGCCCACUUCUAGAAACUUCUCUGCCUCUGAAGGAAUGUGUUGAGCUGUUGUCUAAAAACUUGGAGCCUGACCACUGCGCUUUAUUACUGGCCCAGAUUUUUAUAAUUGUAAAAGAAAAUAAAAUGAAGAAUUUAACUUCAUUGCUUGAUGCUUGGUCAUGCUGUGGAUUUAGCUGGGAACAAUUUAUGGAUGCUGACAGAGUGAAUUCAUUUUUAGAGGACAGAAAAUUAUUAGAGAUCUUCUCUAAUAGGAAACAAAGUCAGGCAAGCAAUCAACAAGAUGUACUGGACAAUUCUAAAGUUGAGACAACUGGACAUGAGAUUAAUACACCUUUAUGUGAACAAUAUCCUUCAGCAUCUGAACAGUUCUCACACUCUGUUGAACAUAAAGGUGAACAUCUAGAUAUCUCUCUAAAAGCAGAACAUGUUGAUCUGGGUUAUGUUACAGUAACUGAAACAAAUGCUGAACAAACUGACACUGGUAAUGUUCAUGUGCUGAAAGAUGAAGGAAAUACAACUGCCAAUCUACUGACAGAUGACAUUAUAUCACAAAAUACCAUUUGUGACAGUGAGGAUCAUUUAGCCCUUAACACCAUUUGUGACAAUGUUGAUCAGUCACCAGAUAAUGCCAUUUGUGACAAUGUGAUUCAAUCACAUCUUAAUACACUCAUAAACACAGAUGAACCUGACCACUCAGAUGAACCUGACCACUCAGAUGAACCUGACCACUCAGAUGAACCUGACCACUCAGAUGAACCUGACCACUCAGAUGAACCUGACCACACAGAUGAACCUGAACACACAGAUGAACCUGACCACUCAGAUGAACCUGACCACUCAGAUGAAGAAGGGGAAGCAAUUUGGCGACAAGAAAUGGCAGAAGAUGAAGCAUUUUUUGCUAGUAAGGUGAUAAAAAUAAACAGUGUGGAAAAAAGAAAAUAUUACAUAUGCUUCUGUCCAUCCAACUUUUCCAAUGAAACUGUAAUGUGGGAUUCAAGCACAGAAAAGCUGGUCAACUCUGAAGCAUUUCUUCCACCAGACAAAGAAUGUGUUGAGAAUAAAACAGAUUUCUACACUAUGCAAGAGAACUCUCCUGGGGCAUCUGGAGAAGCAUGUGUACCUCUCUCUAUAGAUGCUCCAUGCUUUGUCCCAACAUACUACAGAGAACAAUCUGAGUCCCCAACUGAUUCUGGACUGUGUUAUUCAGACAUAUACAAAGAGUACCCAGAAUCUUCUACCACAUCAUCAUCCAAUUCACAGGCAGACUCAGGAUUUCAAGACCUGAAUGAAAUGUCACCACCAAUGUCUGCAGUUCACACAAUGCAAGAAAAUCUUGAAUCCAAAACACAACUAAAUGAUUUCAAAACAUCUGAGCUUUCAAAAUGGCAUUCUGACCAUCAAGGAUUACACUGUGAGUACAGCACCAAUGCUGAAGAUUUUGUGAGUAAUAUUUCAGACAGCUAUUUCUGCCAUGGGAACAUUCCUUUAUCAUUUCAUCAUUCAAGUCAAAUUUCCCUGAAAUCUGACUAUUCAAACACUGACCCUUAUUUGUCAGUUAGGGAUGGAUUGGAUAUAGAGUUUGAUCAGGUAAAUCCAGUCCAGUUUUCAACAUCAAGCUGUGAGGAUCAGCCUAGGGAAGGUCCUACAGGAUACACGAAACUAAACCCAUAUCAUACAGAACAUUGUACACCACUAGACAGACUGAAAUUCAGCCUGUCUCCCCUUAAUGAGCCUAGUGCAAAAAUACAGGACGUUGAAGCUUGCACACAUUCUUGUGCACCAACACACCAUCUUGAAUCAAGUGCACCAACACACCAUCUUGAAUCAAGUGCACCAGCACACCAUCUUGAAUCAAGUGCACCAACACACCAUCUUGAAUCUUGUGCGCCAACACACCAUCUGAGUGCACAAACACAUGUUGAAUCAUGUGCUCUACCACACCAGAUUAAAGAUUUCCUUGAGACCCUGUUUCCAGAGAACUUUAUGUCCAAAUGUAAACAAGUGAUUGAUGACUUUGAAAAACUUUUGCAAGAAAAUCGAGCAAGCCAAGAUAUUUUACACUAUAUUCAGGAGUACCCACAGACCAGAGAAGUUCAAAUCUUCCUUCUCUCUCUACUGACCUCCUCUCUUGGUACAAUGGCGCUAAGAUGUAAGUAA